ACCUAGCGACUUUUGUGAUUUUUGGUGGCCCGAGGCCCGUUGGUCAGGUGACAUAUGGUCACUAAUAUCACAGCCCUGGAGUCCUAGCGUUGGCCUCCACCUGACUCUUAAAACUCCCUGAACACCCCCCAUUUCGUUACGGUAGGGAUAUCCUAUCAGGGCUCAAUUCUGCCCUCUACGGAACGACUUGGUCCCCGAUCGAGUCCUUAAAACAGCAUCCGCCGACAAAACCUCGCGAUUUUAUCAGAAAGCCAUUGCACAACGUCUCACCGAAUCAUACCAGCCUCCUGCCCGACAGCGUCAAGCCUGAUACUGACUGCUUCCUGAUAGAGUCGUCAUGCAACAAUACGUGCCCCCCAGCCCACCCCCCCAACCAGACCUGCGAACAGCAGUUACCGACGCCACCUCUCGUUCGUUACUACAAACUGUACCCUCGAGCGUACUAUAGAUUGGUGGGAAUUCUCCCCCAGCAUCUUCUCCGAAACCGGAAUCCUCGCUCCGUUUUUCAAACGAGUGAAGCUUGGUCUUCAAAAUGCCUACAUCCACGAGACGCCUGGAUGCAGACCCGGAAAUCCCCGCCAUCAACAACACUCGUCUCCGCCGCUUCCUAACUCUUCUCGCCCUCAAGACCACCGCGCGGCUCUUUCGUCGACAAGGCGCUUGCAUUCCUAUCUCGAAGCGCCUACUUGUUAAAUCCGAUUCCUUUGUCCACUUGGCAGAAGCAGCAACAAUGAAAUUUAUCGCUGACAACACCACCAUCCCGGUACCAAAGGUCUGGUGCUCCUUUACACAUAAUGGCCGCGUAUACAUCGUGAUGGAGAGAAUCCAAGGAGAUCCUAUUCCCAGAGGCUGGGGUUCUCGGUCUAAAGUAUCACAGGAAAAGCUCCUAGCGCAGUUGAAGCCUAUGAUUCAAGAACUACGCUCGCUACAACCUCGUCCUGGGUCGGGGGUGGAGAGCUGCACGGGCGGGUCGUUAUUCGAUUGCCGUAUGCCUCGUCCGAACGGCCGCCGGUUUGGCCCUUUCAAAACUAUUCAAGAGUUCCACUUGUGGCUGAGGGGGGGCUUGCAGCCAUCGGAAGUCGAAAUUCCUAAGCUAGCGACCCAAGAAGAUUGGGAUGAUGUCAAGGACAUGGCCAAUAAACAAGAUGGGCCUUGGCCCCGGCCAGUUUUCACGCAUGGCGAUUUGAACCCAACCAAUAUACUUGUCCGAGGCGACGAGGUUGUCGGGAUAAUCGAUUGGGAGUUCUCUGGCUGGUAUCCGCAUUAUUGGGAGUACACGUCAGCGUGGUGCACUCACAUCUUACUGACGGAGUGGCAGGAUCUGCUUAGCAUCUUCCUAGAGCCGUUCCCCGAGGAAUUGAGGAUGGAGAGGACUAGGCAGAGAUGGUGGGGAGAGUUCUAGAGCCUGCCUUCAGCCAUCAUUCCGAACUUACUCUGAUUCGUCCUAAGGCACAAUCUCCCUGCCUUCCAACAUAUCCCACGUAGGCCUCGGCAAGUCAGUCAGUGUAACGUCUCUAAAGCGACCACCCUCCGUCUUUUCCCCCGCAUACUGCCUCGCGACAGUUUCAAUCUCUCCCCAAUCUAGUACUGCUCUACCCACGGCUCUACCGUCCUCCCUUAACGCUCUCAACGCAUUUGCGACCCAGGUGCGACCCCUCCAAUCAGGGUCAUCUUGCACAACAGGCACCUCUCGGAAUAUAUUUGCCAGACGUUCCUCAUCUAUAAUCUUGGCGACGAGAACGCGAACGAGUAGGUUGUUUGUGUUGCGUACAUCGGGUAACUCAACCUCCUCGUAUACCCAGCCGAGGGCCACAGGGUUUUUGACGUGGUAGUGCAUGCCUCUGACGGGGUGUUCGCCUUCGACUUUAGGCCCGACCAGAAAGCCCCAGUGGUACCUG